UAACUGUUUCUCACGUUAAUAAAAAGACAAAAAACAAAACGUAAUUAUUUGAAGGUUAUUCGGUAGAUCGUUUUAACGAAUUUUGUCACUCCAAGCAAACGUUACAUCGUAACUGUCUUUUAACGAAAUAAUGUAUAUUUUCGGGAAUGCUUUGUUCGUCGAUGUCACGAUGUGCGUUACUUAAUGUUUAAUCUGUUAAAUAUUUUUAACUAUAUACUUACACGUAUUACUUUUCACGUAUAAUAUAUAAGCGAUUCCAUCAAGCACGUAUGAAAUUUUGGAAUAUAUUUAUGGCUUAAUUUGCAAAUGGGGUUUAUAUUAUAUAGCGAAGGUUAUAUGUAAAAUACAUGCAAUAUUGAUAGCUUUCAUUGAACUCAAUGACACGUUGUUUAUAUCGAAGCUAAUGACCAUGAACAUAUCGAUAUAAUGCAAAUAACUGUAUCACGCUUUGCACAUAACUUUACAUCAGUAGAUACGAAGUCGUGAUGCAUAUGCGUGAAUUCUUAGGAAAAUGGUAAAAAAUGAGAUCAAGGUAUUUGCACGGCUUAAGCCAGAAAGAAGACGUAAUAAAGCCGUGAAUUACCAGAUACAUCGCCGACCAAAAAGUCACUCCGAGGAGGAUUUUUUAGUAUUAACAGCACCUCAAAAGUCAUUCAACGAGUACAUAGAUAAUCGUCCUGAGUCAUGGAAUUUCUCAUUUUACAAAAUUUUCCAAGAGGAUUCCAAUCAGCAAGAAAUUUUUGAAAAUGUCGCACGACCCGUAGUGGACAGUGUUCUCUGUGGCUACAACGGGACAAUUUUCGCAUACGGUCAGACGGGGAGUGGCAAGACCUACUCGAUAACGGGUGACCAAAGAAAAUACAACGAUCGUGGAGUACUACCAAGAACGCUGGAGUAUCUCUUUGACGUAAUUCGAAAGAAACCGGAAAAUCUCUACUCCAUAGAAAUCUCAUACCUGGAGAUUUACAACGAGAAUGGUUACGACUUGCUCUAUCAGCGACACGAAAUCGCUACGAGAUCGGACGAUUUCCCAAAACGCGUCACUAUUCAGGAAGACGAGACUGGGGUUCUUCACUUGAAGAAUUUAAACUUUCAUAAUGUCGACAACGAAAGCGAUGCUCUCGAUUUGUUAGCCUUAGGUGAGACAAACAGAGCCAUUUCCGAAACGCCUAUGAAUCCUCAAUCUUCGAGGUCUCAUUGUAUAUUCACUAUCAUCGUGUCUAUGAAGAAACAUAGUUCUGAUCAUCAUACUAAAGCUAAAAUGCAUCUUGUCGACUUGGCUGGAUCCGAACGCGUAUAUAAGUGUGCCAUCACCGGGACUAUUUUAACGGAGGCCAAGCACAUUAACCUGAGCCUACAUUACUUGGAGCAAGUCAUAGUGUGUCUGGGUCAGGACAACAUAACUCACGUUCCCUACAGAAAUUCUUUGUUAACUGCGAUUCUUCGAGAUAGCCUUGGUGGUAAUUGCCUUACGACGAUGUUGGCAACAUUGAGUAUUGCUACUUUUAGCUUUGAGGAAACCAUAUCUACUUGUAGAUUUGCCCAAAGAGUUGCGCUCAUUAAAAACGAUGUUAAUCUUGUUUUUGAAAAAGACGUACGGAGCGAAAAUAUGUUUUUGAAAAUGGAAAUCGAGAGACUCAAGCUGGAAAUUAAUCGUCUAUCCAAGAAUCAAAUAGAGUCAACAGAAUUAUUAUCCGAGGAUGAAAUGAAAAACUUGGAUCAUCAAAUCAGUAAUUUUCUCGUAAAUGGAUCAAACGUAAUGUGGGAUAACGAUCCAAGAAAAGUUCAAUAUUGUUUUGAAGCAAUGAGGAUGAGUAUAGAAACUGGAACGAGGCAUAAAACUUCUUCAGAAAUGUCUUCAACUGCUUUAGAAUAUUACAAGAAUUUGGUUCUUCAACGUGACAAGGAAAUUUCAUUGUUAAUUGAACUUCUCAAGAAGGAAAGGGCGAAUAAUGAGGAAAAAUUGAGAGGAGUCGACAAUCAAAAAGUUUCGCAACAAUUGAAAUUUGAAAGAAAGUAUAAAUCGAAACCUCCAAAAGAAACUUUACAUUUAGCUACUAAUUCAUUGGAAAAUAAUUCCACUAAAAAUUCGAAUGUAUCAUUAAUCGCAGUACAAAGAAGAGACACUCAAAUUAAUGCGACAGAAAUAGAUAUUUCUCCGCCGAUAAAAUUGGAACAGAAUUGUUUCAAAAAAGAAAUGAGCCCUGUUGAAAAUAACAAAAUUUCUACAUUUAUGGAGUCUAAAAAUAUUUCAAGUUCUUCGCAAAGAAGAAUUUCUUACUCGAAUCCAGUGAUUCCUGAAUUAGAUUUAAAUAAGAUUACUGAUAAUUGUGAAACAGGUAGGAAAGGAAUUGAAGAUAAAACUGAAAUGAAUGAGCAAUUUUCAGGAACUUAUCCAAAAUUGGUACUUCAAUCAACCAGAAGAAUCGCGGUUUCUGAUUUGAAAGAAUCAAUUCCUCAGUAUUUUAGUUCAAUCAAUGAACUUCAUAACCAUGACGGAAUAGAAUGUGCAACUACAAAGAAAACUAUUUCAGAAAAAGGAAUUGAAAAUCAAAAUAUCGGAAUUCUAGAGUUUUCAAAAUCUUCCAAUAAACCAAGGACUAGGAUAAGUGAAAAUAAAAGAAUUGGUUCUAAACAGAGUGAAAAUUAUCUGAAGAUGGGAUGCAAUACCACAAAUCGUCUAAAUCAAACUCUUCCAAUUCAUUCACCAAAUACUGAAAUACCGAUUGAAAAAAACUCACCAACUCAUACAAUAACUUUGAAAGAUCAAACUAUUACCACACCUAUCAAUAGUGCAAAGACAAUCCACUUUCUUAAACGUCAGAGUGGGCAAGACCAGAAACAAGACAAUGUUGAAUCGAAGUCAAUCACACAAAGUACAAAUACAGAAAAUAAAAAAUAUUCGUUUAAAACACCAUCACUCCUAAACAAUAUGCAUUGCGUGAAUCUGAACAAAAUUGUGGAAUCAAAUCAAAAUUCUGAAAAUCUAACAGAAAAUUCGAUUUUGACACAUAAAAUGAAGCCCACCAAGUCUACAAAAAGUGAACGAAAAACUGUAGCUGAUCUGAUAGCAAGUUCAAGAAAGAGCAUAGAGUCAAAAGAGCAUUUAUCAGAAGAUAAGAAAGUAACGGAAGUAGCCGACGUCAGACAAGCAGUUAAAACAGAUUAUAUCGAUUCAAUGGAAGAAAGUACUAGAAAGGCUUUUGAGAAAUCUUUACCACUCACGGGGGAUCCUGAGAUCGACGAGGAGAUAAUCGCAUUUUACAAGGCGAAACGUUCAGGAGGAACAUAUUGAAUUUAGUCUUAGAACCCAAUGAAAAACGCUAAUUUGUAAAAAUCACUAUACGUAUUAGAAAUAUAUUGUAUAAUUUAUAUAUUAAGAAAUGAUGCCUUUUGAUAACAGUAACUGGAGAUAUAUUAAAAUUUCUUAUAAAUGGGUUCGUUUAGUAAUUAGCUGUUAUAUACAUAUACGGUUUAUGUUUCUCAAUAUAUACAAUGUCGAUAAUAAAUAAAGUAAUAAAGGUGAAAAACUAACAUCUUAA